AUGUCAUCUCGCGCCGCAGCUGAACUUCAUCAAGUAGUCGCUGCACUCCUCGCCUUCUCACAACCAUUGGAACUAUGUCGCAAUCAUGGCAACUUCGGCGCGACGGAUGAGUACAAGCGAAAGCGCGAACUCGAGUAUAACACCAGCGACGCACAUGCCUCGCGUCUUCAGCAUGUGUACUUCCGGCCAGCUGCCAGCGUCACUGCCAAAUUUGAAGGGCAUGCAUCAGGGUCACACGCACUUGGUGGUGUCGCAUUUGGAGCACAAUGGAAUGCUCCCAGUCAAUCUUUCUACGACCCAAGUAUUCAUGGUGUGCCUAGGAGUUUCCAACAUCAAUAUGGACACAGCCUUGCUCCGCCUCCUCACCUGCCCUUCCCUGCUUACGCGAAGCGGGGUGAUCACGCAGGCGGCGUAUCUAGCCUCGAAUAUUCCAGACCGAACAGCUCACAAGGCUCAUAUCCGCCUGAAUCGUGGAAAAAAGAACAUCGGAAUAAUGUGGCAACACCUGGUAGCAGUCGAAGCACCCUGUCUGGAGAGAAGCACGUGCCCGAAGCCAUGUUUGACUUGGACAAAAAACGUAACCGAGAGUCUGCUUUUCGUCAUCCACCAAUCGAUUUCAGUCGCCGGCAAAUACGCCUGGUUCGAGUCUUGCAGACUGAGCCUGACGCCCCCAUCCGGUGCAAGUUUGCGCUGAGCUUGGUUCAUAGCAAAUCCGUUCACUACACAGCCUUAUCAUACACCUGGGGUGGCGCUUCUCAUGAUUCAGACCUUGUCAAAAUCAUCCUCCACAAGCAAGAUUUCUGGGUGCGUCGCAAUCUGUGGUGCUUUUUGCGUCAGGUUCGUGAUGAUCCAGCACUACGCGCCGACUGGUAUUGGAUAGAUGCCCUUUGCAUUGAUCAAGCCGAGAAUGGCUCAAGUGGCAAUCGAGAGAAGAAUCACCAGGUUAACAUGAUGGGGAAAAUCUACAGCAAGGCGUACUUGGUCAUAACAUGGCUUGGUGAGCCUCCGGGACAAGAAUGUGCAGCACUCGAUGCCUUGCAGAGGUUCCUGGAAGGUGAAGAGUCUGAAGUGCACAGCGACCAGAUCCAAAAGGCUCUCAAAUACCUCGGAGAUUCGACAUAUUGGUCAAGGAUAUGGAUCAUUCAAGAAAUGGUUCUUGCUAGAGAAGUUAGCUUCCGGGUUGGUCCAUAUGAAUUCGAUUGGAAUGACAUCUACGCCAUGCGAACCAAUUCCAGCCUGUCAAAUGUUUCGCACAUCCAAGAUCUCGGAUGGGCUAUGAUAAACAUUCUGGAUUUGCGCCACGAUCGGUUCCAUGGGAGGUCGCUAGAUCUCUUUACAGCCUUGAACGAUUUCGGGUUCCAGGAGUGCUCAGAUCCACGAGACAAGAUAUAUGGCCUUCUAGGAUUGAUGGAACGUAAGCCUUUCAGAGCGGACUAUUCGAAGCCGUGCGUCGAAAUAUUCGUCGAUGUCAUCGUGUGGGGGUUCGAUGUCCGCCACAAGUUGAACCCACAGGGUAGCACACGCCGUCGGAACGGCGAGUAUCAUCGUCACAUACUAUGCGGGGACUCUAGAAAGUGGGGCAGCCGUUUGGGACUCAUUUCGUCAGAUUUUAGGGAAGCUGAGGCCAUGCUACUGGAAGAAGAACAUUUGAUUCUACACCUUGAGCCCGCGCAUCCGGAUUGCGACUCGAAUGGUCUUUUUGGUAGUCUGAUCUAA